CUCUCUCUCUCUCUCUCUCUAUCUUUAUCUCUUUCUCCAUUUCUUCCUUUCUUCCAUUUCUGCAUCGCCCAUAUAGCAAACGCGGAAGAUGUCGGAGCUCACGGGUAGUGACCCAGCCAUGGCCAGUACGCCAGAGUCUGCAGCCAACACAACACAACAGACAACUUGCAAAUCUACAAUUACCUCUCCAAAGCUGGAAGAUGUCAAUACAGCCCUUUUGUCGCAGCGAAACACCGAUAUACCCCAAACACAAGGAUCGGACUUCACGAACAUUCCAGAGGCAAUCCUUACCUCGGAGCCAGGCAUCAACAAGUCAGAACCGGACGGUGAUAUGAUACACCCUGAAGUCCUUGCGACUAUGCAGUCGGUCUUCAAAGAAGAGGUGAGGGCCCACAUGUCGGAGUCAGCCGCCAGCCUGGAGUCAGUCACAGAUUUGACGCCAGAAGCCAUUGCAAAAUACCUGGCUGUUCACACGAGAGAUAUGGCACUUGUCUCCAUGGAAGAUUUCAGCCCAGCAUGCAGUCCACCAACAACCAUUAUACGAAGCUGUGCACAGGAGCCAGAAGAACUCCGAUUCUUCAAGGCUGAGGCACAUGAUUACACCUCUCCGAUGGAGCGGCAGAUGAGAGUCCACACUAGCGAUUUAGGAGAAAUUACCCGGCAGAUGAUCUCCUUUGCAACAAACAUGUCCCAACAAGCAGGCCCUAGUCACCGUCCAUCGGUUAGGUUCGAGAAAAUUUACAGCUUGCAGCCUUAUCAACCUACUGAGCAUUUCACGGGAGAGGCUUACCCUCUGACUCACAACAUGUUGCUUCUUGGGGCUACGCUCCCCUCGGAAUUUUCGUGGCAAUCCGAUUGCAAAAGAUCAAGGGUCACGGUCAACACACAAACCGGAGUAUGGAUAUUCAUUGAAUACAGGGGAAUCCAUGGCGACUACUCCAUCUGGAUGGAUCGUGAAGUUGAAAAGGGUUGGAAGCUAGGUCCUCUGUCCGUUCACUUGAGAAUUUGAGUCUAUGUCUCUCUUUGGGCUACGGAAGUAGCGGCUAGAGUGGCUGGAUUCAACACCGUCACAGGCAGAGCAGGUUGUAAUAGGAGCCUGCAUAACGAUGGCUGCCUAUGGGCUAUUUCACUUCCUCGUUAGACUGUGGUAAAGUUCAACACAUACGCCAGUAGCAUGUAUGCAGUAGGCCAAGUUUACCCUAACUGCAUAUGAUUAUCUUGUUUUCCAACCAUGAUUUCAUCCGCAUAUUGUGUUACCCUGCAAGACUUUUC